ACACUCUCCCUCUUUCUCUCUUCAAAUUUCUCGCUUUUCUAUUUCGAUUUUUUUUUUUCCUUUUAUCAUCGUUUUCUUCAUCUCGAAAAACUGUCUACCGUAGAACCAGAGGCAAUAGCAAUGUCGUUUUCGGAUUCUGAGUCGUCAGCUCAUGCCGGAAGCGGAGACUAUAAGUUUUUCCGUCAAUUCAGUCGGGAUCGGCUACUGUAUGAAAUGCUUGGAUCAACGAAAACAGAUGAUGCAAAAUCUGAUUGGAAGGUGCUCAUAAUGGAUAAAGUUACAGUCAAAGUCAUGUCUCACUCAUGUAAAAUGGCAGACAUUACAGAUCAAGGAAUUUCUCUGGUUGAAGACCUUUUCAGAAGAAGGCAACCUUUGCCCUCCAUGGAUGCUAUAUAUUUUAUCCAACCAUCAAAAGAAAAUCUUGUCAUGCUCAUAUCUGACAUGUCUGGAAGGGAGCCUUUAUAUAGGAAAGCAUAUGUAUUUUUCAGUUCACCUGUCCCAAAGGAUUUUGUUAAUCACAUUAAGAGUGACUCAAGUGUGGUGCCUCGCAUUGGUGCAUUGAGAGAGAUGAAUUUGGAGUACUUUCCUAUAGAUAGCCAGGGUUUCAUCACUGAUCAAGAAACAGCAUUGGAGGAUCUCUUUUGUGAAGAUGCAGAGAAGUCUCGCAAAUUUGAUGCUUGCUUGAACACAAUGGCAACUCGAAUUGCUACAGUUUUUGCAUCAUUGAAGGAGCUGCCACUUGUGCGAUAUCGUGUUGCCAAGGCACAAGAUGGAACUACUGUAAAAGCGAGUGACUUAAUUCCAACUAAACUUGCUGAGGCUGUAUGGAACUGUCUUUUAAAAUACAAAUCAGUUCCCAGCUUUCCACAGACUGAAACAUGUGAGCUGCUCAUUCUGGAUAGAUCUGUUGAUCAGAUUGCUCCUGUGAUACAUGAAUGGACAUAUGAUGCUAUGUGCCAUGAUUUACUUGAAAUGGAUGGAAACAAAUAUGUACUUGAGCUUCCUAGCAAAACAGGAGGCCCACCCGAAAAUAAGGAGGUUCUUCUGGAGGAUAACGAUUCAGUUUGGUUGGAGUUACGCCAUGCACACAUAGCAGAUGCCAGUGAACGCUUGCAUGACAAGUUUACCACUUUUAAGUCAAAGAAUAAAGCGGCACAGAUUCAACAGAGCUCAAGGGAAGGUAGUGAAAUAUCUACUCGAGACUUGCAAAAAGUUGUUCAAGCUUUGCCAAAAUAUAAUGAAGUCAUGGAGAAGCUCUCCCUUCAUAUUGAGAUUGCUGGAAAGAUUAACAAACUUAUCAGGGAUAUGGGGCUUCGAGACCUCGGGCAAUUAGAGCAGAAUCUUGUUUUUGGAGAUGCAGGAGCCAAGGAAGUCAUCAACUUUCUCAGGACAAAUCAGGAUGCUACUCCAGAAAACAAAUUGCGAUUGUUGAUGAUAUAUGCAUUUGUCUAUCCUGAGAAAUUUGAGGGUGACAAGGGUUCAAAAUUAAUGCAGUUGGCUAGAUUAUCUCUGGAUGAUAUGAAAGCGAUAAAUAAUAUGCAACUUCUUGGAGGAACAACGGAAUCAAAGAAGGCAACUACUGGUUUCUCGCUCAAGUUUGAUGUCCAAAAGACAAAGCAUGCAGCGAGAAAAGAUCGAACAGGUGAGGAAGAAACAUGGCAACUAUUUCGGUUUUAUCCUGUGGUAGAGGAGCUCAUUGAAAAUCUUAGCAAAGGUGGAUUACCAAAGAAUGAAUAUUCAUGUGUGAAUCAGAGUUCAACUGUCCACGAUGACUCCCAAGAUGUACCCAUGCGAGCAAAACCUGCUGCUGCUCCAGAAAGAAAAAUUCCUGCCCAUUCAGUGAGAUCAAGACGAACUGCAAAUUGGGCACGACCUCAUCAUUCAGAUGAUGGAUAUUCUAGUGAUUCAGUUUUAAAGAGUGCAUGUACUGAUCACAAGAGGAUGGGAAAGCGUAUAUUUGUAUUCAUCAUUGGUGGAGCAACUCGAUCGGAGUUACGAACAUGCCACAAGCUCACAGGAAAACUAAAGAGGGAAGUUAUCUUAGGUUGUACAACCCUUGAUGAUCCUCCACAAUAUAUCAUGAAACUGAAGCUGCUGUCAGAGAAGGAACUCAGAGAGAAUGCACCUCCAGAAGCCAAGUUUUGGUGAGAUGGAACUAGUGGAAUACAUGCUUCUUUUAAUUUCAAAUGCCAGCACGCUUUUGGCAAUCAACUAAUUUCUACGAGUAUGAAAGUAUCGAGCAGUUCACAAGUUAGAACUCUCUUUCACACACGUUCAAUGUUCAAUGUUCAAUGGUACGAAAUUUAUGUCAUGUAGAUAGAAUCACAGAACGAGGAGAUAAUGAAAAGGCCAUUUAAUUGCUUAUGUAAUAUUUUUAUGGCCUAAUUACCUAUAGAGUUACAUAAUAGAAUUACACUUUACUAUGUAUAUUCCUUAUAGUUUUACAUUCCAACAACUAAAUUUCAUGAAGGUUU